CAUACAUACAUUGCACAUCUCGCAGUGAUAUUUUCAGGAACUGUUUAGCAUCGGAAGCGCAUCAAAUCUUGUGCGCAGAGGAAUGGGUGAACGAGAAAAUAAAGUUCCUUGAAGAGGGUUUUUUUUUUAAUUCUUUUAUUUUUAGUUUAACGCCUAUAUACUGUAGGAAUCUGACUUGCGUAGAUUUCAUCUACAAAGUCAAUAUAUAAAGAGAAUGCCUUCCUCGAUAUACUUCGCCUUCUGUUCCCUCUCAGCGUGCCUGCAUGUCGCCGCCACCCAGGGGAACGACCUGGAGCUGUCCAUCCCCCCUCAGGACACCUCCUGCAACAAGCUGUCCCAGAUCGAGGAGAUCCCCGUCACCGGUCAGCUGACGAUCAGGUCGAAGGAGCUGAUCAAACACAACCCCCACUCGUAUUUCGUGUUUGAGAUAUCUCAACCAGGUAGCCCGUACAUGGAGACGUGUCGCAUAGCCUUCGCAAACUGUACGCACGAAAUAGGCCGACAGUGCUACUGUUUCUCCCUGGAUAAAGUCAACUACGACGUGGUCUACGUCCAUAAGGCUAGACUCAAUGAGCAGAAGACCUGGGUCAGGCUCUCCUGGUUGUCGGUGACAGGGAAGGAGCUGUUGGAUCCACAGGAGGGGAAUGUUGCCCAUUCGUAUAACGCGAGCGUCAUCAAGGGCAUCGCGAUCAACAAUGAGAUGAUUCAUGUCAACGAUGGCCGCUGCGAGAGUUUUGCUGACCUGCGUGCGCUCAACACCCUGCGCGUCUGCUGCCCGCCUGCGUUGCCAGGCUGCGACAUAGAUGUCCUAGUCGAGUCGCACCAGCAUCGCAACAGCAACUGCGCUUCCUUGCACGACGUGCCGAGGUCCGACCUAGAGAGGGGCUUCGUCAUCAAGGUUACGUACUGCGUAGACCAUUCGGAGAUCAUAUUCUGUGACAAUCCAAAGGGGGUAAUUCAUCAGAAUGAAGCACUUGUUGAUUACUCAUUCGAUACAAACUAUUGCCAAGGCUAUAAUGACCAAAAAGUUUUAGGCAGCAUCGUCAUCAACCAUUACACUCUCGAGCUUCAUUCCGGUCGUUGCGGUCUCUUCAAACAGUUGCAGGUACUCAAUGUGCUCAGCGUCUGUUGUUCCAUGAUGUUCGCGGACUGCAACGUCACCGUAGUGAUUGACGCUAAGCUGCACACUGACCACAAGUGCAUCAGCCUGCAGAACAUCACCAGGGACGCACUGUGGCCAGGGUUCGCCAUCAGGAUCCAAUACUGCAAGACGCUAUCUAAGACGUAUGUUUGCACCCAUAACAGAUUUUUAAACACUGAAGAUGAUGAACAAUUCUCCACGGCCGUGUCCCUACUUUACAGUGUGGAGUUAACUAUCGCGGCCUGGGUUUUGUCGAUAACUGUGACGUCUUCAACAAGUCAGCGGGCACAUUGGAUAUAAGUUUUUAAUGUCAAUAGUACAUGGACACGACUGUUUAACAUUUUGACACAUUCAGGUGCGAUGUCACUUUGCUUGAAAUAGUUCAUUCUAUUAGUAUAAUAUACUGUAAUAAUACAUGAUUACACACACACACAAAUAUAUA